AGGCGGGCUGCCGCCUCCGCGGGGACACGGGCCGGGAGGUCCGGAAGCUGCAGGCCGCCCUCGAGGCAGAGCGUCGCAAGGCCGAGAAGCAGCAGGCCGCCUUCACCGCCGAGCUGUGGCGGCUGCGCGAGGCGGCCGAGGCAGAGCGGCAGCAGGCCGUGCGCGACCUGACCUCGCGCCUCGAGCAGCAGAGGCUGCAAGAUCUGCGCCGCCUCCGGGACACUCUGGCCAGGGAGAGGGACGCUGAGAUCCGGCAGCUGCUCGGCCAGAAGGACCAGGAGCUGCGGGCCGUCGGCAGCGGUCUGGAGAAGGAGCGCGAGGUUGCCGUCAGGCAUGCCCGCCAGCUGCAGCGUCAGCUGGCCCGCCAGCUCACCGGGCGACAUGCAGGGGGCGCCGGCGAGCGGGGCUGCCCCAGUGGCCUGGCGGCCUACAGGCGGCUGGAGCAGCUGCUGAACAGGCUGGUGCGGGCAACGGAUGGUGAGCAGGCCGCCCUGGCCCGGCGUGUCACGCGUGAGCUGCAGCUGCACAAGGGCUACUUCCUCUGUCACCUACUCGAUGCUCACAGCCUGGCGUCCCCCGAUGGGGGCCAGGGCAGGAGGCGAGCUCUCAGCUGCAUCCAGCUGGUCGACUGGCCUGCUGAAGGAGUUGAGGAGCCCACCUCCGCGUCUAAGAGCCCCCGGAGUGCCUCUCCUGCCUCUGAGAGAACGCUGUGGAGCCUCCCUCCUGGGAGGGAGCUCUCCAAGGCCAGCCGCUGCUCCUCUCCCCUUCGAGAGGCGUCCCGUGGCGACUCCUCCGCGGAGUCCCCUUACCGCUCGACUGUACCCCAGCCCUCCGUCAUGGAGUCCUCGCUGUCCGGAUGCUCUCCGGCAGACAUGGAGAGCAUGAACGGGACGGACUGCAGCUACCUGGUCCGGCAGAACGCAGAGUUGCUGCGUGCCCUGGGCGACCUGGAGAAGACCUGCGCGUCCCUGAAGGAGGAGAACGGCCUGCUGCGCAAAAGCCGCUCACCUGAGACGGAGGAGAAGGUGAAGCGGCUGAAAAGGAAGAACACGGAGCUGGCAGUGAUCGCCAAGAGGCUGGAGGAGCGAGCACGCAAACUGCAGGAGGCCAACCUCCGUGUGGUGAAUGUCCCAGCCUCGAUGCGGGCUGGCGGUGCUGUGGAACAGUACAAGCGGGCCUUCGCCCGGCAGCGGGCCCGCGACCUGGCCCAGCACGCAGACACGCUGCUCUGCAAGGACAAGGAGAUCGCCAGCCUGCGACGCCAGUGCCACGAGCUGCAGGCGCGCAUCGGCACCACCAAGGGGAUCCCUGGCUCGGCUCCCCUCCCUGAGGUUGAGCGGCUCCUGCGCGAGUCCCAGAAGGAGGUUCUGCGGCUGCAGAGGCAGCUGUCGGUGUCCUCGGCCAAAGAUGGCAGUGCAGGCAACCCAGAGAAGGCUAAGGGGGAGAGCCCCAUCCCCGAAGCCAGCAGGGUCCCCACUGUACCUAAUACCGGCAGCACAGACAAAGGGACGGGGCAGGAGUGUCACGUGACCCCCAAGCCGGAAGCCACCACCCAGAAUGAGGUCCGGCCACACGAUCUGCACCUGCACUCCCUGGAAACUGAGCUCACCAAAAAGAGAAAAGAGUGUGAAAGUCUGCAGAAUGACGUGAGAAAAAGACAGAGGAGAUGCCUGGAUCUGGAGAGCCAGCUGGAGGAUGAGCGAGGCAAAAACGAGCAGCUAGCUGAGGAACUGGGCCACCUUAGGCAGACGGUACAGCAGCUCGCCCAGGCUCAGGUGGAUAAUGCGGAGCUGAGAGAGGACCUGUCCGAAUUGACUGCCCAACGCAAUUUGGUUCUCGAGGAAAACCAAAGACUUCGUGCCAAGCUGGAGAACCUCGAACAGGUCCUCAAGCAUAUGCGUGAGAUCGCCGAGCGCCGGCAGCGGCUGGAGCUGGAGCAUGAGCAGGCCCUGUCUGUGCUACGCUUCAAGCAGGACGAGGUCAAGCGGCUGCAGCGGGCGCAGUUUUUCACCAAGAGGGAGCAUGAUGGUGUGGUGCAGCUGUUGGAGGCUAAGGUGCAUGACCUGGAGGAGAGGUGCCGAACCCAGAGCGAGCAGUUCACCCUUCUGUCUCAGGAGCUGGAGCGAUUCCGGCUGCGCGCCAGCGGGACGGAGAUCCCGGCCCAGCUGGGCAGCGAGGACGGAGAUGCUCUCGGCUCGUGGGAUAUGAUCUCCCUGGGAGAGGUCACCUUCUGCAGUCUGGAGGCUGCAAACGGAGGGCUGCUCUGUGACGACUCCUCGCUGGAUGUGGGCAAGACCGUCCCGCUAGCGGGGAGCAGGGCACAGGAGUCCGCCCCGGUCACCCAGACCCGCGAGCCGCCAUUGCUCGGUGCCAAAUCAGGCUCCGCCUCCAGCACGCCCAAGUCGGAGUCACGGCAGCUCACCCCGAAGUCUGGGUCCCUCCCACAGAGCCCUCAGAAGUCUUCUGCGACCCAGGACGUGGACACGGCCAGUGAGGUGGAGGAGCUGGAUAUUGACGUGUCCCCGAUCCCGUACCCUGGGACCCGGGCAGCUACAAAGCUGCAGGUCUUCAUCUCCCGAUACAGCUACAAUCCAUAUGACGGCCCCAACGACAGUCCAGAAGGAGAGCUCCCCCUCACUGCUGGGGAGUACAUCUACAUUUACGGAGAUAUGGAUGAUGACGGCUUUUACGAAGGAGAGCUGAUGGAUGGCCGCAGAGGGCUGGUACCCUCCAACUUCGUCGAGCGGGUCUCUGACGACGACGUGAUGAGCCUCCACCCGGCCGAGGCUGGAGAGCUCUCCCAUGGCUCUUUCCAGGAGUUCAGCUUCCAAAGCAGUAGCGAGAAGCUCCUUCGCUUCAGCAUCACCAGCUUGGAGAAGACGGAGUCCUCUGCCCCGGCCGAGCAGGCCCCAAGAAGGAGCCCAGCGCCCCUGACCAACGGCAUGGACCUGGAUGUGGAAGACAUGGGUGUCGAUUUAGUGCCUUACCCCCGGAAACUGACCGUUAUCAAGCAGCUGGUCAAAAGCGUCAUCAUCAGCUGGGACCCGCCCUUGGCGCCUUGCGGCUUGCCCAGCAUCUGCAGCUACAACGUCUACGUGGAUGACGAUCUGCGGGUCAGUGUGCCCCUGGGCUCACAGACCAAGGCCGUGCUGGAGCAGCUCGACAUUGCAGAGAGGUGCUAUCGCGUCUCCGUGCAGAGCCUGACGGAGCGGGCUGCAUCAGACCGCCUGCGCUGCAGCCUCCUCGUGGGCGGGGACGUGAGCGCGGCUCCCGCCACGCUGAAGGCCGAGCGCGUCACCGCCACCUCCGCCAGCCUCACCUGGUUGCCUAGCAACAGUAACUAUGCGCACGUGGUAUACCUGGAUGACGAGGAGCAUGAGCUGGUCCGGGCCGGUUGCUACUCGCUCUGCCUGGGGAACUUGAAGCCCAACACGGCGUACCGGGUGAGGGUGGAGGCACGACCUCCCCCCAGCAGGCCCUGGGAACUGCCCCCGGGGGCAUCGGAGCACAGGAGUGCCCUGACGUCUUUCACCACGCUCACGGCAGGCCCUCCCGACGCCCCAUUGGACGUGCAGCUGGAGAUGGGCCCCUCCCCCGGGAUUGUGCUGGUCAGCUGGCUCCCCGUCACCAUCGACGCGGCUGGGACGUCUAACGGUGUCCCCGUCACGGGCUACACCAUCUAUGCUGACAGGAAGAAAGUGUUGGAGGUGGCCUCUCCGACGGCAGGCAGCGCCCUGAUUGGCCCAUCACAGAUCGACGCCCUGCAGAGUGCCCGUGAGCUCACUGUGUGCACCAUGUCCCCCCUGGGGAAGUCUGCCGACUCCACACCCGUCCAUGUGCAGGCCAAGCUGGUGCCAGUUGUGGAAGGGCUGGCCCCCUCCCCGCCCAGUUCAGCGGAGUCCCCCUCAGUCCCUGCUGUACACUCCCCGCCCCCUUCCCAGGAACUCGUAGCUGCCAAAACCCCCGGGCUGUCCUGUGAUCCCCUGCAGGUGACCCUCCCCAUUAAAGAUGGAGCCUGGGUGGACCCCUCGGCCACUGGCCCCCUCGGGGCUCCCCCGGUGAAACAGGAGGCCCCGCCCACAGCAGAGUCACGCUGCAGCCCACCGGUCAGUUUGGCCUCGCCCUUGGAUGAGGCCCAGGCCCUGGACUCCAGAAAAGAUCCUGAAAGCCCAGGAGUCAAGUAUCCUACCGUGUCCAUCUCAGAAUUCUUGGAUGGUGUCGUUUCCAGUGCUGAGCCCAGCACAGCAACUCCGGGGGAGGUCCCAGCUCCCCCCAAGCCUUCCUGCCCGGAGGCAGCCAUACCCCCCGACCCUGCAAACGUCUCAGAAACACACCUCCCGCUCCCCGCAAGCCCCUUGCCCCUGGAGUCAGAAGCGGAGUAUGAGAUUGGCCAGGAGAAUGCUCGAGUAGGGUCCAUCGACGACUUCCUGGAUUCUGAUAGGCUGCAGCAUCAGCCAGUCAAGCAGGAGGACAGCUUCCUGCAGAGACGCCAGGACUACGGCUCCCGCCUGGUGGAACUGGCCAGCUCCCACCGGCUAGGUGACUUCCACGCAGAGAGCAGCCGGGGCUCGGACCUGUCAGACAUCAUGGAGGAAGAGGAGGAGGACCUCUACUCCGACCCCGUGACUGACAGCCUGGUACCCAGGGAGUCCCUCCGGAGCUGGGGCCCACAGGUCACCACGGACAGGCAUGGGUGGGACGACCAGGUAUCGGAGGCAACGGGUGGAGACAUAAAGCCAGCUGAAGAUCUCCCCACACGGGGCGCUGUGGAGCUCAGGGGCGGGGCAGUAGCCGAGCAGCACCCAGGGGACGGCGAUGUGCGGCUUUUUGUGGCCCUGUUCCCCUACGACCCAGCCAUCAUGUCCCCGAACCCAGAUGCCAUCGAGGAGGAGCUGCCCUUCAAAGAAGGGCAAAUAAUUAAGGUGUAUGGCGACAAAGAUCCUGACGGCUUCUAUCGCGGCGAGUCGGCUGGCCGCCUGGGAUACGUGCCGUGCAACAUGGUGUCCGAGAUCCAGGUGGAUGACGAGGAAACGCGGGAGCAGCUGCUCCAGCAGGGCUUCCUGUCUGCCGACGCCUCCAUGGAGAAAAUAGGCGCUCGUUCACACGCUCCGCUACCCCGCCGUCCCGCCCCGCCGCCGAAACCUAGGCGAUCCAAGAAAGUGGAAUCCGCCGGUGUCUGGGACGACAGUGUAGCCUCGAGUCGAGAUAGCAGCCAGGCCACCAGCAGACACCAGAGCAACGGCCCUCGCAGGAUGGUAGCCAUCUUUGACUAUGACCCCAAAGAGAGCUCUCCCAAUGCAGAUGUCGAGGCCGAGCUGACAUUCAGCGCUGGAGACGUUAUUUAUGUGUUUGGCGACAUGGAUGAUGACGGCUUCUUCUAUGGGGACCUCAAUGGCCGGAAGGGCCUAGUGCCAUCAAACUUCCUGCAGGCUCUGCCUGAGGAAGAGGAGGGGGCAGAUGGGAGUGCAGCGCUGGAUGCAAGAAAGUCUGAAAGCAGGCAGGAGUUCCAGUUUGAGAGCAGAGCUGAAGCUACACCAGGUACAGCUGUUCAAGAAGAACAUUUGGUAAGCCGACCAGGAAAGACAUUAUUCCGACCAGGAAAGACAUUUGGUUAUAUAACCAGGAAAGACAUUAUUCCAACCAGGAAACACAUUUGGUUAUAUAACCAGGGAGGACAUUAUUCCAGCUGGCAAAGACAUUUGGUUAUACAACCGGGAAAGACAUUAUUUCAACAGGGAAAGACAAAAGGCGCUUUCUCAUGUAAGAACUUUUUUUCAGAACCAGGACUUUUUUUCGAAACCGGGAAUUUCCGUUGUGUUCCAACUGCAGGAACUCAGACCGAUCUGCAGUUCUUGGUGGUAAAUCCGGAAGCCUUUUUGUCCCGUUUGGACCGUACGAUCAAUAACGCAAAAAAAAAAACCAAAACAAUACUCAUUCAUCCUCCAUUAUUUUGCAAUGGCUUUGUAGUUUAAUAGGUAAUUAAUGUGAAGUUUAAGCUACAAGCUUUUUACGUCUCCCGUGCUUAUUUAGCAUGCAUAGUUAUUGCUGUGUGGUAUGAAAGCAAUACACAAAUGUGGCCAGGAACUACAAGAGUUCACGGUUGAGACAGCCCAGGAACUUCGAACCAGGAACUAGGUUUCUGAUCUUCAGUGGGUCAGUGCCUAUUAGGGAGAAAACAUUAGGGAGGGAAACAGGGAGAGACAUUAAUCCUACUGGGAAAGCACUCAUUAAUCCAGCAGAACGUUCAUUGCUACUUCUCAUCAUUACAUGAAUCAUCCAUGCUGCCUGUCUGUCUGCACUCUGUCUGCACUUGUUUUUUUUUCCCUUUCUUUUUGCAUGCUGAUUUUUCGUGUCACCCCACACGUCCUGUCCUCCUCCGUACCUGGGCGUCCUGUCAGAGACCUGGGUGGGACGGGCAUUCCAGCCAUGACCUGUAACUGUAAGUUCUCCUGAUGGACAGAAGUGACCAGCAGAGGGCGCUGGGCUAACCCAGCCACUCCAUGGCUCCUGGCAGACCGGCUCUCAAUGUGGGGCCUUAUGCUGCGUUCCGUUUAACUCGGAGGUCAAAACUCAGAACUGGGAAUGACGUCACAUACGAGUUAAGUGUUCCAGUAGAGAAAGUCUGAAAGCCAUUUAGCAGUAUGGCUCAGGUACCCUAGUAAACAGGGGGACCCGUCUCAAAAAGCAAGCAUUACCUGGCUAAUUAGUCAGAUCACAUUUACCCCAGUUCACUUGCAGUUCACUUGCAUUUAGCCCAGACUACCAUAAAUCCGACAAGUUGUCCACUUAAACAAGAAAUCCUCCCAGUUCUAUUCUGGUCAAUUGUUAGCUAGUGUUGGCAAUCUGUGGGUAACAACACAUUACGCGGUGUUUUGUGUAGCGACACGUCCAAAGAAGACGUAAAUGCUAAAAAACAGUAUGAAACUAUUGCUUUCAUUUCUGUUGAUAAAGGGCGCAGGCAUCUUGAAUUCUGAGCUCGGGGUCGUUGUCGAGUUUGCGAGUCGGACUUCUGACUUCAAGGGCCGUUACAGUUGAAAUUUUCGACUAGGAACAUGGAAUUUACGAGUUAACAGUUCAAAUGGAACGCAGCAUUAUUUCCCAGAAUCCAUGGUAGACAAACCUACUCUUCAUGCAGGGCCGCAUAUCCCAGAAUCCUUAGCAGGUGGACAUGCUCUUUGUGUGGGGCCCUACUUCCCAGAAUCCUUAGCAGGCGGACCUGCUCUCUAUGCAGGGCUGUAUUUCCCAGAAUCCUUAGCAGGUAGACCUGCUCUCAAUGUGGGGCCCUAUUGCCAGAAUCCAUGGCGGGAGGACAUAGUCAUAAAGGCCGCAGAUGGUGGUCGCAUUAUAAUGGACCAGGAUCUCUGCUGCUAUCAGCCAUGUUGAUAAUUGCUUCCACUUUUUUAGAUGUGAUUAAAAUGUGUGAACAUGAAGGGCUGUAAAAAAUGGAAAGAUAUUGUUCUUUUUUUGGAAAUUAACCAGCCCCUCCUCAAGACCCCCAAUGUUCCACAGGCCAGUAAAAUACUGGACGCAAACCAGUACCAGACUGGGGAUUGGGAACCUUUAACAUAGACGACACCAGCAACCCCCUUAUAAAACACUUACACUUAACACCUUGUCCAUCCCUCUGGGAAAGUGCGAACCCUUUGGGAUUACCUCGAUUUCCGCAUGAGACCCUCCUGCCCUGAGAUCUGAUCUUCAUGUAAGUGGAGCAGGCAGUCUCUGCUCAUUAUUACUACUUGGAUGGAUGAAGGUUUGGCCACAUUUUUGAAGGCCUUUUUGCAGUAUCUUUCCUCCCAAUGAUGUUGUUAUGGAGAAACGUAGAGGAUGAGCGCUCUCCCUGUAAUCACACCUGUCUACUGCCCUAUUUCCACCGGACUCACCCCCCGCCCCCAC